UUGGCGCAUCGCACUUCUGCCGCCGAAGCUGCUGGAGCUGCUGCAGCUGCUGACACACAAGCCGGCUGUCCUGCACUGAAAAGCGACUCACGACUGACACCGUUCACCAUCUUAACUGGAGGAAGUCGCUCUGCAGCUACAGUUGCACUUUUAAGUGAUCACUCGCCAGAUUCAAAAAUGAUCAAGAACGGACAUCACCACCACCACCAAGUGAACACAGCAGCCGGGAAAGACGCAGGGACGACCCCAGGCACCGCAGCUUGCAGUCCCGAGAAGAGGAGGCGAAGAAUCCGGGUGUGGUGCGAUGGCUGCUAUGACAUGGUCCAUUAUGGCCACUCCAACCAGCUGCGACAGGCCAAGGCCAUGGGAGAUUACCUCAUCGUUGGAGUACACACAGAUAGUGAGAUUGCGAAGCACAAGGGUCCGCCAGUCUUCACUCAGGCAGAAAGAUAUAAGAUGGUGCGGGCCAUAAAAUGGGUGGAUGAAGUUGUGGAAGGAGCGCCUUAUGUCACCACCCUCCAGACCCUCGACAAGUACAACUGUGACUUCUGUGUGCACGGAGAUGAUAUAACACUAACAGUGGAUGGGAAAGACACAUAUGAGGAGGUGAAGAAGUCAGGGCGGUACAGGGAGUGUAAGAGAACCCAGGGAGUUUCAACCACAGAUCUGGUUGGCAGAAUGCUACUGAUGACCAAAGCACAUCACAGCAACAUUGAUAGUUCAGACUAUCAGCAGCACACAGACAACUUUGGAAAGGGCUCACAUGGUCAGAAGGGCCACAGUCCCUGGACAGGGGUGUCUCAGUUCCUGCAGACUUCACAGAAGAUCAUCCAGUUUGCUUCAGGCCAGGAGCCUCAACCCGGAGACACCAUCAUCUAUGUGGCAGGAGCCUUUGACCUCUUCCACAUUGGCCAUGUGGACUUCCUGGAAGCAGUGCAUAAGCUCGCAGAAAAGCCAUACAUUAUAGUGGGGUUGCACUUUGAUCAGGAGGUAAACCGCUACAAAGGGAAAAACUACCCCAUCAUGAAUGUCCACGAGAGAACGCUCAGCGUCCUGGCUUGUCGAUAUGUGUCAGAAGUAGUGAUUGGUGCACCCUUUGCAGUCACAAAAGAUUUACUGGACCAUUUUAAGGUGGAUCUUGUAUGCCAUGGAAAGACAGAAAUAUAUCCUGACAAGGAUGGAUCCGACCCUUAUGCUGAGCCGAGAAGAGAAGGAAUCCUGCGUACCGUUGACAGUGUCAACAGCCUCACUACAGAUGCCAUUGUGCAGAGGAUAAUCAAAAACAGGUUGCUAUUUGAAGCAAGGAACCAGAAGAAAGAGGCCAACGAGAUUGCUGUGAUCCAGGCCAUGAAGCGACAAGAGGAGGAAAAGACUAAAGAAAGAGCGCAGGCUGUGCUGUAGGAAGGCCCUAAAGAAGCACCAUCAACUUAGUGUCAACAUAACACUGACAAGCUCAAUUAUUCUAAACUCAUGUACAGUAAAAUCAAUCCUUUUGUAUGUGUUAUGACACCCUCCACACAUGAUCCUGGCUAAUGACAGCAGUGCUUAAAGCAGCCCAUUUAAAGCCAGGGCGGUAUAGUCUGCUGUGGGAUCAUCAGGUAUACUCUGUGUGUGUGUGUGUGUGUGUGUGUGUGUGUGUGUGUGUGUGUGUGUGUGUGUG